UAAAAAAAAAUAAAACCGUAAAACUGCGAAUUAUUUCGCUAACAAAAUAAAAUAAAAUGUUUAAAAUUCAACAAAAAUAUUGUUUCUUAAUUGGAAACUGAAAAAAAAAAAAGAGCGUUUAAAAAUCAACAAAUAAUAAAUGAGAAUUUUUAUAAUAUUUAUAAGUAAAUUUAAAUUAAAUACAAUAAAAAAAUAAAAUAAAAAAAAAUGGAAUCAGCUGAUGCCUUAGUUGAAGAAAAAAAACUUAUGAAUGAAACAAAAUAUAGAAAUUAUAUGUCAAAUAUUGACAAAGCAUUAAAAAAUUUUGAAUAUUCAAGUGAAUGGGCAGAUCUAAUAUCAGCUCUCGGUAAAUUAAGUAAGGCAAUUUCCAGUUAUACACAAUAUCAAAUAAUUCCACGGCGAAUAAAAAUAUCAAAAAGAUUAGCACAAUGUAUGCAUCCAGCAUUACCAUCUGGUGUUCAUUUGAAGGCACUUGAAACAUAUGAUGUUAUAUUUAGUAAAACAGGUUCAGAAAGGUUAGCAACAGAACUUUUCAUAUAUAGUGCGGGUCUUUUUCCAUUACUCGGAUAUGCUGCUAUGAAUGUACGUCCAACAUUAUUAGAAAUCUAUGAAAAAUAUUUUGUACCAUUAGGUGAAAAAUUAAGACCAGCGCUUAGUGGUUUUUUAAGUGGCGUAUUACCAGGUUAUGAAAGUGGAUUAGAUCAUUUUGAAAGAACAAAUUCAUUAUUAAUGAAAGUAUGUACAGCAGUAAAUCCAAUAUAUUUUUAUACAGUUGUAUGGGAAUGUGUUGCAACAAAUGCAUCGAUCAGAUUACCUGCGAUAUCAUAUUUAGUUGAACAUUUUAAUAAACGUACUGGUAUGCAAGAACAAAUUUAUAUAAUGGGACAUAAUCAUGAUGUUAUGAUGGCUGGUUUAUGUGCAUGUUUAAAUGAUGCUGUUAUACUAGUACAGAGAAAUACAUUAGAAUUUUUAUUAUUAGGAUUUCCGAUGCAUACAAUAUAUUUAGCUGAAAAUGAUUUAAUUAAAUUAGUAACAAAUGGUUUAUAUACUAUAUUGAGAAGGGAUAUGUCAUUAAAUAGAAGAUUAUAUGCUUGGUUAUUAGGUACUGAAGUUGCUAAAAAUAAUUCAUAUUAUGUUGAUGGUGAAGAGAAUCAUAGUGGAACUGGUGUAGAUGCUGAAACUGAAGAAUCAUAUUUUGAAAAACAUUCCAAACAAAUAUUAAUUAAAUCAUUAGUUUGUACAUUUAAAUAUAGUCUUGAAUAUACACCAGUCGAUUUGAAACCAUAUAAAAUAAUGGUUUCAUUAUUGGAUAAAGCAGAAAUUGGUCCUCCAGUAUUGGAUUAUGUUUUAUGUGAUGUAAUAAGAACGAUGUCAUUAUGUAAUGGAAAUUAUGAAGUUGGUAAAUCAGCAAAUUUAUUAUUUGCAACAUUUGAUCCAGCCUAUAUUUGGAAUUUUAUGACAGUGCAAUUUGAAAAAUCGUGUAAACGAAGCAAAGAUGAUUCAAAUUUAUCAAAGAAUUUACGUAAUAUUAUGCAAGAACAAAAUACAAAAUUUAAAUCAGUUGUUGGAUCGGGUGAACCAUCUAUGAUUGAAAUAUGUUACUUAACAGAGUUUUUAUUAGAAACAAUUUCACUGGAAAUGUAUAAUGAAACUACUAGAAUUUAUUUACCGAAAGUAUUUCUUUCAAUAGCUCAAUUAUUGACAAUACAUUCCGAAAAUUUAACACAUGAAGAAGUUACAACAGCAUUAAAAUUAUGCAUGAAAAUUGUUUCUAGAGUUCAACCGAUGAUUACAAGUCCUGUCAAAAAGAGUCCAAAUAAUAAGAAUUCUGAAACGGAUGAUCCAACUAGAAAUAUUAAUUCAAAUAAUACGAAUAAUGUGAGUGAAAAUGUUCAAAGUGCUAAUGCGCUUGAAAAGAGUAAAUCAGAUUCAAAAUUGAAUCAAUUCUCGCACGAUGAUGAUGAUGAUGAACCUAUUCGUAGAUCAAAUUCAAAUCAUUUUUUAGAUCGAAAAAACAACAGUCCAAAAAAAUCGAAAAAGGCGAAAUCGUAUUCAAAACUGUUAGAGUUAGAUAAAGAGAUUUGUCCUGAUACUGGUCAAUUCGUUUUACCUUCAUCUUCAUCAGAACUUGAUACACCACUCAGUAUUAAAAAACUUAAACAAAAAAAAGCAUCACCAAAAUUCAUGAAAUCUGGCAGUCCAAAAAAACAGCGACCGCAAGAUCUUAAAGUUGAUAUAACACAAAAUAUACCAGAAGAGAAAACUGAGCAAGAAAGAUCGGAAUCAGCUCCACCCAAAACGGAUACAAAUGAUAAUGUCGAUAAGGGAAAUCAAGAAGAUUCGAAAACAAACACUGCUCAGCAAACUCAACAAUGGCAACAACCAACGUCACAAGAAUAUUCAAUUUUAGAAAAGUGUAUUAGACAAUACGAAAUAUUUUACGAAAUUUACUUGUCAAGACAGAUUUUACACAUUAAUACACCAAUUAAGUCACCACUAUUUUUUAAUGCCACUUCUUGCCCCAUAACAGUAAAAGUUGAAAGUGGUGAGUCUCCACCUAAUAAUGAUAAUAUUGAAAAUAUUUUUGAAAAUGAAACGAUUUUUGAAAAUGGAAGCAUUCAAAGAACAAUCGAAAUUGAUCAACUGUUUGAGACCUUAAGAAUAAAUGUUGUUUGCAGAUCAGCUCAAUUACAUAAUUUAUUAAAUCGUUCAUUAGCAGGAGCAGUUGCUGAAUCUUCAAAUAUAAGUGAUAUGAGUGAUACUGAAUUUAAAGAUUGUGUUUCAAGUACAGAACAACUAGAUAAAAUUGAGACCAAAUUUAAAAUAUUUGAUGAUACAACAGAAAAAUGUAUUAAGAAAAUGAUGUUAUUAAGACUAAGUGAAUCGCUGAGAAAUACUAUAAAAUUAGCUUCAAAUCUUUUAGUGGAAAUGUCAACUUUCCCCAAUUGUAAAAAAAAUUUGGUUUUAGAUAAAAAUGAAAUUGAAUUACCAAGUUGGUUGAAAGUAUUAACUUUAGUGGCAUGUUAUACACAAAAUGAUAAAGAAUUGCAGCUGGCUGCCAUCACAACACUUUUUGACUUAAUAAGCUUAUUACGUUCCCAAAUCGAACACACCACAUCACCUGGAGUUACAUUUGUUGUAAUGCUUCCACUUUUAAAAUUCGGUCAUGUGAGUUACAUUGAACAUAAAACACGAAUAUUUCAAUUGAUUACAUCAAUUCUAUGGAAUUAUUUAAAUGAAAAUGGAAUCGAUCCGGCACAAAUUAGUUCUUUACUGUAUCAAUUACACAGUUGUCUGGAUUCUGGACUUGUUGAACAGGUCAUUGCUUGCAGAAUGUCAAUGAAUUCACAAAGUAAAACAACAUUAGAUAUGGAAUUAAUCAAACAAAUAUCAAAUUCAGGCAGGAAUAUGACAAUAUUAUCAAAUUACCAGCUAGAUAGGUUGGCAGAUUUGAAAACAAUGUGUGUGUCACCUUCAUCCCACGUUGACUGUUCUGAGCAAUUAAAAGAAAGCGAAUCUCAAAGUUUUAAGAAAUUUGAGUUGUUGUGGCAUUUGGGUCGUGAAAAGAAGCCAUCGAAGACUUUCGAAAAAACUCUCUUGCGACAAUUUGAUACAUUAGCACUGCCUGUUCAUGUAUCUAUUAGAACAUUCGUAACGAAAUGGCUUCAAGAAGCUUUAUUGAGAGGGGAUUUACAACGUUUGAUUAAACCUUUAAAUAGAAUUUUAUUAUCACCAAAAACAAAACGUAUAAGUAUUGUUCAUGUACAUCUUUUGAAAAAAGAAUAUGAUGAAAGUCAAUCUGAUACCAAUCUCAGUCGGGAUGUAGAAGAUGAUCCAGAUGUAAUAGUCGAUCGCGAUGUUUAUGCAAUUAGUUCGGAAUAUGGUAAUGUUAAAUAUCAUAUGGAUUCCAAUUUAAGUAAAAAACGAAGUCCGAUCAGAUCAUUACAAAAGAAAUUUUUUGGUGUUACUUUGGGUAAUAAAAACAAAACAUCAAACUUUGUAAGCGAUAAAGUUAUUUUAACUGAGAGUGAAAGUAGCAUUGGUCUAAUUAUAAAUCCUUUGGAUAAUUCUCCAGAUUUUAGUUUAGAAACUGAUGUAAAUUCAUUGAGCAGUAGUGCUCCGAAUAAAAUGGAAUCAGUUCCUGAUUCGUUAGAAAAAGUCGAUAAUUUGAAUAAUAAUAGCGGUAACAAUGAAGCAACAGAAGCGUUAAUAAUUCAGAAGGAUUAUUUUAAUUCAUCAACAGAAGAAUCAGAUGAAUCAUCAAAUGAAUCAACAAUCGACGAGUCGCGUGAAACAAGCGUCGAGAAAGAAAUAACAUCUUCAAGUGAAAAGAUAAAAAAAUUUUCUGGUGAAAUCAGUCAAACAUUAUCAAAACUUGAUCGUACGAAAAAUCGAAAAACUUAUCACUUAAAACAAGUUGGUAUUACGGCUACUGAAACAAACAAUAGCGGAGUUAUGGAAAAGUUCGAAGCGAAUUUUACUCAAGUCACCGAUGGACAACAAAUUGAUGAUACUGCUCAUACUGCUGAAGAAUAUUUUAGUUCAUCAGCUGAGACUACCGACAAUGUUGAAAGUUUUGUAAAUAAUUUGAUUGAUGAAGUGGUUGACAAUUGUGAUGAUUCCAUCAAAACUGAAUUUGAGUCUGUUAGAAACAAACCUAGUAAAUCCAAUUCAAUAGAUAGCACAAAUAAAAAACAAAACGAACCAAAUAGAUUUAUUGAUAAUAAAAAACGUGCUAGUUGCAUAUCGAAAACAUCAACUGAUAGCAAUUUCAGUGUUGGAAGUACUAGUAAUGGGCCUGAUACUGAUACAGGUCGACCUUCUGAUUCCUUUAAUUCUGCCAGUGAAAACGAGCCUGAUACGUUCGAGCAAAGUGAAAAGAGUAUUAAUAUUGAAGAUAAACGCAAAAGUCUUAGUUUGGAAACAGCUAAAAUAAAGGAUGCUUCAAAAACAAACUGGGAAUUAACCGAAAAAACUAUGGAAAAAGGAAAACAAAAUGUAGAAAUUCUGCGAAAGAGUGCAGCCUUGGAAUCCUUACAAACUAGUAGCAAGAAAGUGUUGAGGAGAAAGAUUUCAGAAGAACGCAAGAAACACUAUGAUAAAUUGCAUCCUUUCCACACACAUAUUUUGCUAUAUCACGAUGUAUACGAUACUCAACAAACAUAUUACGCUUUUCAAACUUUACGAAAUAUAAUUUCGACAGAUCCUAGAACUUUCCUUUGUUUGUCAAUUACAACAUCAAUUUCGAGUGGAACAUUAAAACAGUUAUUAAUUCGCCACAGAAAAUGUAUACUUGGAAAAGGGUUUAAUGGCAGCAUAGCCAACUCAGAAUUCAGUCAUUUAUAUCGGGGCUGCAUGUAUUUAGAAGUUCUUUUUACAAUUUGUUUAUAUUAUGCUCGCAGCUAUUUUCAUAAGGAUGCAAUUGAAGCAAAUGAUCCACCAAAUUUAGAGGACAUUAAAGGAAAUUGUAAAGUACAAUUAGAAAGUAUUGAACUUUUAACUAUGAUCUGUCAGGAAUUGGUAGAUAUAGUAAAAGGAAUGGGAAAAGGUUUGGCGUGUUAUAUAGCCGAUUUAAUGGCAAAAUGUAAAUUACAAAAAAUUUUACUACAUUGCGUAAAUUCCUCUGUGUUGUUAUUCGGAAAUCAACAAUUAAGAAAUGCUUGCAAUACCAAUAAUAAAAUUCAAUCUCAAAUAAGUUUAUCUGAACAAAUUCUGUUAUAUAAUUACCCUCGUGAUGAAAAUUUGCACGCAGAAUCUUUUCAAAUUCAGCUUUUGCGUUUACUUAUGGCUGUGAUAAAAUUAGAAUAUGAAGUAUAUACAUUAAAAAAUGAGGAAAAACUCGAUAAUGCUGCCAAUGGAACCAAUAAUAACACCACAAAUUCAGGAAGUAAUUUAAAUAAUGGUGGCUCAAACUCACCAACUAAAAUGACAUCUAAUACAGCUGUAAAUGUAAAAUACUUACCAAAUUCAUUAAUUAGUCAACAACCCAUGUUUCUGUCAGCAGUGUUGAGCGCUUUACAAUCGGAACAAUUGAGACAUUUACAUAGAAAUUGGAAUGAUUUAGUUACAUCGUCGUUAAACUGUUUUAGUUUCGGUUCUUUAACAAAUAUUGUAAUAAGUGUGGUUCAUCAACUCUGUAAUAAUUUAGAUAGAAUUUCGAAAUUAAAUAUUAAACAACAAUGUAAUUUUCCACCUGAUUAUAUCGUCUCGCAGUUGGAAGCAAUAACAAUAUUAUGUCAUUAUUGUCUAUUAGACAAUACGCAACAAACAACGUUAUCACACUUGUUUAACCAAGCUUAUCCACAAACAAGUUCUGCAGUUCAAAGUUCUAAUACUGGACAAUUGCUAAACAACAUUGUUCACAGUUUUUUGUCAUCACAAAAUAGUAGCGAUAGUCAACAUACGAGAAAUAUACAACAUCUUUCCGCUAGGAACGCUGUUUUAAGUCAUUUAUCGAAAAUUGUAGCUACUGUUGCAGCGAUUUGGGAUAGCGAACUAGGUCAAAUACGUCAGGUUAAACAACAAUUGAUGGAAUUUCUUAGUCCUGUCUCUUUACAUCACGGAACAAAUUUCUUAGCAGCAGUUGCUGUUACAUGGCAAGAGAGAGGUGAAAUUUAUAAGUAUGAUAAUGAGAAACGGAAUCAGGGUAGAAAAAUAUCGAUAAGCGAACAAUACCUAAAAAAUUCCACUCCACAAGCCAGUCAAGAUCAAUUGAGCCUCGUUAAAUUAGUUUCCAGUAUUAGAGUAAUGCCUAUGGAUUCAUUUGUAUCCACCUUACAUCAAGUAGUAAAAUCGCCACCCCCUAUUCAUCGACCACCCGUCGGAUUAACAUUAGAAGUUAGUGCACUUGAAUUAUUUUAUUUUUAUUUGAAAUCCGCACCUGCACCACAACUUGGUGAUUCUUGGACAUCUCUACUUGCAUUAUUAAGAGAUGGUAUAAAUUUGUCUCCGCCCGCACAAUUUGUAUUAUUAAUGCUAUUAAAUGAAUUUGUGCAACGAUGUCCUCAAAUGCCAUUCCAGGAUAAAAAGGAUAUUCGUGAUUUACAUGAUGUUACUUCACGUCUAAUUGAAGCCCUCUCAAAUGUAGCUGCCGCAGGUUUAGAACAAACAACAUGGUUACGAAGAAAUUUAGCAGUGAAAGAAGAUAUUUCACCAGUUACCCCCGAUGGUAAUGUUAAAGAUGUUACUGGAAAUCAACAAUAUUAUGUACAGGCUCAAUCAGUGCUCGCAGCCACAUUAGCCAAUUUAUUAGAUGUUGCAUAUGGAUCACAAGAAAAGGACAAAGUAGUUAACGUUAUAAUAGCUUUAAUGUAUAAUAUAACACCAUAUUUAAAAAAUCAUACAACAAGAAAUAUUCCAUCAUUUUAUGCCUGUUCAAGUUUACUUGCUAGUCUAAGUGGUUAUCAAUAUACGCGAAAAGCAUGGCGAAAAGAUAUGUUUGAUUUACUUUUAGACAACGCUUUCUUUCAAAUGGAUCACAGUUGUUUACCAUUUUGGAAGCAAAUCAUGGAUAGUUUAAUGACAUAUGAUAAUACAACGUUUCGCGAAUUAAUGAGUCGCAUGUCAUUAACUCAAUCAAGUAAUUUAAAUAUUUUUUCGUCAAAGGAACAAGAGUAUGAACAAAGAGCAUUACUUUUAAAAAGAUUAGCUUUUGUAAUAUUCUGUAGUGAAUUAGAUCAAUAUCAUAAGUAUAUGCCUGAAAUUCAAGAACAACUCGUUAACAGUUUACGACUGCCAUCUGUAGUUCCAGCUAUACAAGCUGCUGUAUUUUUAUGUUUUAGAGUUUUAUUACUUAGAAUGUCUCCUGAUAAUGUUACAUCAUUAUGGCCAAUAAUUAUUGCCGAAAUGGUUCAAGUCUUUUUAACUAUUGAACAAGAGUUAAAAUUGGAAAGUGAUGAGAUUAGUCAACAAAUGCGACUUCUAUCUGGAAUGGAUGUACCUUGGGCGGUUAAUGCAGGAAAUGGUUUAACUUCACAAACUCAUUUAAUUCAUUGGAGAGCUGUUCAGUUGGAAGCUUCAAAAUUAUUAGAACUUGGAUGUAUAUUACCAGCCACAAAUUUACCACAUUUUCAAAUGUAUAGAUGGGCAUUUGUGGGAACAGAAUUCGAUGCACCAGAAAAGAAAAUUCCUAUACCAAAUGGUAAUGUAGAUGAAACUCAAUUAUUUGCUGGAAUAUAUGUACCACAUGUAAGAAGGAUAGCUCGAUUAAUGGAUAUGAAAUAUACUGUACAUUCACCAAAAACUGAAUUCAAGCGUGGAAAUCAUUUAGUAUUAACAUGUCAACAAAUUACAAGUUUACAAGAUUUAUAUGGUUUCUUUUUAACAUUAAGUGUUACUUGCCAAACACAACAUAAUUUUGCUGAUACCAGUAAAGAAGUUUCAAGUUGUUUAAAUGAAAUUGAAGAAGUUUUAUCAAAAGAUUUCCUUGAAAAAAUGCCAACAAGUACAAUAACGCCGAGAUGAAACCCAAUUAUAUUAACAAAUUCUAUAAUAAAUAAUAAGAAUCUUUAUAAUUUCACAAAUAAUUCAAUGAAAUUUAAUUCAAAUAAUUCGCCGUUUUUUGUGUAAAAAAAAAAAAAAGUAAUCAGCUAUUUUAAUUAUAAAACAAAAAAAAAAAAAACUGUUUUUAUAUGUAAAAAUUAAUUAUAAAACAAAAAAAAAAAAUAUUGUCUAUAUUGUAAUCUUUAAAUCAUAAAUUAAAAUUUCGAUUGAUUUUACAACAUCAAAAAUAGAAAUUCGUGUGUAUACAAA